UCCUGCCUACAUUGCUCACUUGUAUCUCCUUCUUCGUUUUCUCUUUUCUUCUUCCUUGUCCAUUUUACCACGAUCCAAUUUCUUUCUCUGUCCCUUUCUUUCCUUUUUCCUUCCCCUGGCUCUCGCUGCUAAUUGAAUCCAUUCCUCAUCCUGUUCUCCCAUUCCAUACAUUUCAUUUCACUUCAAUUCAUUAGCACUCCUACCACGAAACUUACUCGUCCUCUGUCACUUCCAUCAUGCGUUCCUCCAGCAUCAUCUUUGCCACUGCCUUUCUCGCCUUCAUGGCAGUCUCGAAUGUCUCUGCACAGGAAGUUCAACAGCCUGAAACACCUGCCCCAUGCUAUCAGGAGAAGUGUACUCCGCUGAUUGAAAUCCUCAAGGAGUGCAAAAUCAAUGUCGACCCCACAACUGGCGACAUCACCUUUCCUGUUGCUGACGAUACCAAAAAUGAGACCGACAAAUGCUUGUGCAAGCAGUCAAUUGUCAAUGCUUAUGACCCUUGCUAUACCUGCGGUGUUGAGAACCAAAAGAUUCAGGAACAAUUUUCAACCACCAUGCUUGUGGACACUUGCAACGCCAACUUUGGUGCUAACACGGUCAAGCUGCCUGGCUCUACUGCAGCAUCCUCAUCCAUUCAUGUUUCUUCUCUCGUCUUGUCUGCAGCUUCGAUUGUCGUCUCUGUGGCUUUCCUUGCCUAAAUAAGCAUAUUAUUUUAUACGCAUCCAUUUUGACCCAUACAAGUAGCAACAAUAUUAUAAUAAAAAACUAUUCAUUUAUUCA